AACACAAACGUUGUGUGAUUUAACAGGGAGGUUGUUAUGAAACUCAUCUGCUAUAAAUGUGUGCUCUUUGCUCCAUGAGGUGGUUCAUUGUAGAAGGAAAGGUAAGAACAAGGAUGAGAGUCUGUGACUGGAGUAUUAUACAAAUUAAGAUUAACCUGUUUGGUAUGAUCUAUUGGGUUUUUAACAUGUAAUUUAGUCAUAGAGAUGCGUAAACAUAGAUGCACUAUUUUUUUAUAAAUAACUGACUUUAAUCUAUUGUUUCAGACAGGGAAGCUCCGGGAAAUUGUAUAAAUGGAUGGCCAAAUCAACAUCAGUCAAAAUGGAAUCUGGGAAAAGCCUUUUCUCUGUUAUGAGUUUAGUAACAGGUCUUGUCAAAGAUUUAUCUAUCCGUUGGAAAUCCGACUAUUGCUCUACAUCCUUUUUAGCAUCUCUUUAAUUAUCACAAUCAUAGGAAACCUGCUUGUGAUCAUAACAGUCGUUCAUUUCAAGCAGCUUCACACACCGACUAACUACCUCAUCCUGUCUCUGGCCGUGGCCGAUCUGCUUGUUGGAGGAUUUGUGAUGCCUCCCAGCAUGCUGCGCUCUAUUGAGACAUGCUGGUAUCUGGGAAAUUUGUUCUGUAAAAUACACAGCAGUCUUGAUGUGACAUUGUGCACCGCAUCAAUUUUAAACCUCUGUAUCAUAUCUUUGGACAGAUAUUAUGCCAUAUGUCACCCCUUUGAAUAUUACAGGAAAAUGACAUCAGUUGCCACACUAAUUAUGAUUAUUAUCUGCUGGACAGUUUCAGCUGCUCUGGGGUUUGGCAUGAUGUUCUUGGAGCUUAAUAUUCUCGGCAUUGAGGAUUUUUAUUAUGAAAAUGUUGACUGUGAUGGAAGAUGCUUGGUGUUUCAGAGCAAAGAGGCAGCUACUGUAAUGUCAUUGACCUGUUUUUACGUUCCUGCUUUUGUCAUGCUCUGUGUGUACCUUAAGAUCUUACACACAGCUCAACAGCAGGUUCAGGCCAUCCAGAGUGUGAAUUCUGAAUUUAAAAAAGAAGGAAAAGCCACUAAGACAUUAGCCAUCAUCAUGGGGGUGUUUCUGACAUUCUGGAUACCCUUUUUCAUUUGCAAUCUUAUUGAUCCUUUCAUUGGUUACUCUGUACCUCCACUGCUGUUUGACUUGUUCCUGUGGGUUGGCUAUUAUAAUUCCACCUGCAAUCCCAUAGUGUAUGCUUUCUUUUACAGCUGGUUCAGACAUGCUUUCAGAGUCAUUCUGUCUGGAAGAAUAUUUCAGAUUAAUUCUUCAAGAACAAUGCUACUGUAA